AAUACAUCCUCCGAACUCGAACCUUCUCGGUCUUAUGCAAGAAGCAUCGCGUCGCAUCCAUUGGCAAGAGGGAUGGCGAUAGAUCGGAGGACAGACAAGCUGAUCCGCCGCACCGCCAUGGUCGGCACCGCCACCGCCGCCUACCUCCUCCUCACCGCCGACUAUGGCCCCCAAGACAACGCUCUUCUCCCCAUCAAGCGGGCUAUUGAGUUAGCAGAGUCGUCUUUCAAGAGAUACAUCUUUGGUUCCGGAAGAAUUCAAGAGAGCGCAGAGGAAGAUCCCAAUAAUGAAAAAUCUAAAUAGUGAUCUCAUAUCUAAUGCGCAAUGGAUAAGGUGCUUAAUAUAAAUGGCUGCAAAAGAUACUUCUUCUCAAUGCACUGUGAAUACGUCAGGAGUCUGGAGUCGUUCGUACUGCUUCAAAUGUAAUAGAAACAAUUAAUGGGCAUUGUUAAUAAGAUACAAGAUAAAAAUUAAUGGUACUUUUUAACAUGUUUUUAAAGACAUUUUGUUGUUAAA